CACGCCGCCAGUGUUCCACCGACAGUCUCCGGGGCAGGUCCAUCGCGAGCACGGCCGCGGCACGGCCCUCCGCGACGCGAGUCACGAGCGCCACCGCCGCGCCGAGCCGCGCGCACCGCGCCCGCGCGAGCAGCGCGAGCCCAGCGAGACGGACACAAGGUGAGGAUCGCGGACCUGUCCUACCGCAGCCAUGGUCACCAAUGAGAUCUCCCUGGAGCUGUGCAACGUGUUCCACACCGGUCAGGUGGAGCCCGGCACGUGUGUCCAGAGACUGCUGGGGAGUGUCAAGACGGGCGUCAUCCUCAAGGAUGUCUCCCUCGAGGUGCACGGCGGGGAGGUGCUCGCCAUCCUGGGCUCGAAGGGGAGCGGCAAGCGCGCCCUGCUGGACGUGGUGGCGCGGCGCGAGCAGGGCCCCACGCGCGGCCAGAUCCUCCUCAACGGCGUGCCCAUGUCGCUGCGCCUGUUCCAGCAGAGCUGCGCCUACGUCAGCCACAAGUGCGACGUGCUGCCGGGGCUGACGGCCGAGCAGGCCCUGCACUACGCCGCCAGCCUCACCAUCGGCUCCAGGGUCUCCCGCUACAUGAAGAGCUCGCGGGUGAAGCAGGUGCUGGCGGACCUGGCGCUGACGCAGGUCGCCAACAGGACGCGCAGCCAGCUGACGGCGAGCGAGUACCGCCGGCUCAGCAUCGGCCUGCAGCUCAUCCGGGACCCGGUGGUGCUGCUGCUGGACGAGCCCACCUGGGACCUGGACCCGCUCAACACGUACCUGGUCGUGUCCAUCCUGUCCAACCACGCGCGCAAGUACGGCCGCGCCGUCGUGCUGACCAUGGAGAAGCCGCGCUCGGACGUGUUCCCCUUCCUGGACCGCGUGGCCUACCUGUGCCUGGGCGACAUGGUGUACACGGGGCCCACGCGCUUCAUGCUGGACUACUUCCGCGGCAUCGGCUUCCCGUGCCCCGAGCUGGAGAACCCCCUCAUGUACUACCUUUGCCUCUCCACGGUGGACCGGCGCUCGAGGGACCGCUUCAUCGAGUCGAACCACCAAAUCGCCGCCCUCGUGGACAAGUUCAAACUGGAGGGCACCCCGUUCCGAAAGUCGGCGUCCAGUGGCGCCGUCCUGGGCCUCGGGGACGGCGGUGUGGGCCUCGGCGGCACGCUCACCCUGUCGCCCGUGACCGGCUCCACGGUGGGCGCCAGCAAGGUGCCGCUCUCCGCCUUCGGCCGGCCGUCUGCCCUCAGGGUCGCCCUCGCCCUCAACAUGAGGUGUCUGGCAAGCACCUUCAACUUGCAGGCAGGUUCCAUAUGGCGACUCGCUUCACGGCUCCUCCUUCUCCCCCUCUACUUCUGCGUCUUGUGGCUCUUUUAUCACGACAAAAAGGCAUUCCAGCAUACUUUUGUGACGAGCAGCGGACUCAUUUUUAAUAUGCUUGCUGGAACAUAUUUCAUUUCCAUCAUCAACACCAUCUUCACAUUCCCUGCUCAUCGAAAUAGAUACUAUCAAGAGGCACAGGAGGGCUUGUACUCCGGACCUCUUUUCCUGCUAAGUUACUUCCUGUUUUCUUUGCCAUUUUCCAUCCUGUCUGUGAUAGCUGGGUCAAGAGUGGCGUUUGAAAUGUCUGGACUCUCUGACCCUUGGGAUUGGGUGAAGCUGGGCUGCAUCAUGUGGGGCUGCUACACUCUGGGUGAGCAGCAGACUGUUGCUUUACUCGUUGUAGUAAAGCAUUCCUUCACAGCGGCAGUGGCUAGUAUUACCCUUAGUGCCCUUGGUCUUGUUUUGUCGAGUGGCGUACUAAGAUCAAUUCGUGGACUGUCGGAGUGGUUGCUCUACAUUACAUAUGCAAGUCAACCUAGAUAUGCUGCAGCAUACAUUCAUCGACAAAUUUUCAGCCACCCACAUUACAGUGGUCUAGCGCGUGACUCUAUGACAAAUUGCUCGCUUGCUCCUGGCACAAUCCAAACCCAGGAAUCCCUCUCCGCAGCAUCUGCAAGCUUUGGUUGCCGGUAUGCUGACGGAUGGGCAUUUUUAGCAGAGCGAUUUGGAAGAGAAAAUGCUGAAGAUUCAGCCACUCUCACUGCAUUCCUUGAAUUAGACUUCAAUAUGGGUGUUACAUUUGCGUUUGCCUUGGGCUUGACAGUGGUAAAUUGUCUACUAUAUCUUGUACCUCUUCCGGCAUUUAUUAAAGCUAAAUUUAGGGAGUAAAUAGCUAUUCUACAUAAGUGAUGAAAACUGAUAUUAUUGUAAAUAGGAAGCAUUCUAAGUAAAAUAAAUUAUUUAACCAUUGACAA